AUGCAAGAAACUGGAGAGGUCGAAGGUAAUUCUAAGGUUCCGAAUGGUAAAUCUCAAUCGACCAGGAAGCGGAAGCGUACAGAGGGAGUGACUUUGUUGUCAGAAGAUCAAAAACGGUUCAAUCAUGUAUCGUCGGAACAGCGAAGACGACAGGCGAUGCGUGAAGCGUACGAUCAACUGGUGGACGCAGUGCCCGAUUUGACGUUAGAGGAACGAAGAUCUGAGCUUAUGAUCUAUGCUAAAACAACGCGAUAUUUGAGAUGGCUUUACGCACAGAACAAAGCAUUACGGCAUGAAUGCUCGCGACUUCAAACCAGGGACUCUUCACUAACCGGGUACAGCAUCCCAAGGAAAUUGAUAUGGGAUAUUGGAAAAAAUGAAGGAAACGACCUCGGUGAGGAUCGAACUCACGAUCUUGCGAUUAACAGUCGCACGCCUUAA